GUUUCUGUUUCUACUUGGACGGUACACUAACAUUUUGGCGUUUAGCUUGGAGUUCAACAAUGCAGCAGCGGGAGGAGAAGCAGCUGGAGGCGGCGGUGGAGUCUCUCAUCUCUCGGGUUGCUCACGUGAAAAACGCUCUCCAUAGUUUCAUUUAUAAACUGGAAAAUGAGUACGAGCGAUUAACAUGGCCGUCGGUUCUGGACAACUUCGCUCUGCUCUCUGGUCAGCUGAACACCAUCAACAAACUGCUCAAGAACGAGAAGACGCCGUCCUUUCGCAACCAAGUCAUAAUCCCUCUGCUCCUGUCUCCAGACCGGGAUGAGGAUUUAGCGAAACUCACUGAGCUGCGUGUCCCAGUGUUCAGCCAUGAGAUUGUUCCAGACUACCUGCGGACUAAGCCUGAUCCAGAGGUGGAGGAGCAGGAGAAACAGCUGAGUGUGGAGGCAGCACGGAUUGGCCCGGAGGUGGCACAGAAACAGAUCCAGACGUUGAACAAACUGUGUUCCAAUCUCCUAGAGAAGCUCAACAAUCCCCGUGACGACAGAGAUUCAGAGACUGCCGCAAUCCGUCAGAGCAAGCCGUCCUUUAACCCCGCGGACACCAACGCACUGGUUGGAGCGGUGGCGUUUGGGAAGGGGCUCUCUAAAUGUAGGCCCCCAGGCCCAGUGGCCCCUGGACACCCAGGACAAGGGCCCAUGAUGAGUGGAGGUCCCACCUUACAGCAGGUCACCAUCGGGGGCGGUUCUGUCCAGCAGGCAGGUAUGGGAGGCCCUGUGGCCCCUCAGCAGCAGGGGCAGCCAGGUAGGAGGCCUGGAGAGCUGGGAAAAAUACCAAGCAGCAUCAAAACAAACAUCAAAUCUGCAUCCGGGUCGAUGCAUCCCUACAACCGAUGAUCUCCUCAUAAAUGACAUGUUCACCAGACGUGUUACAUUUCAGAAACACACCUACAGCAAUGACAUUUGUAAAACUAAACCUGUAUCCUUGUAUAUUUUCCUGCAAAAGUAGUUUUUUGUUCUCACUAAAGCUGUUUCUUUAAACGUUUUCCAAAAAUAAAAUGAUAAUAUUAGUGACCUUUUAUGGUGCAUUGUUGAUACAUUAUCUGAGCCACAGCGUUUGGGCCACUAGAGGGCAGUGUGUCAUCAUGUAUGGACUAUACUAGCUUGUGUUGGAAAUGUUCUCUUUUCAAUCAAAUAUGUUAUAAGAACUAAUUGGCUGUGUGAUGAAUACACAUAGAUACUUCAUUAUUUAUUCUGUUUGUAUGUGCACUUCAGGAGAGUAAUAUUUCUGCUCAUUUUUCAAUUAAUUCUUGCCAUUUUAAAAUCUAAACAAGUUAAUUGCGUUGCCUGUUUCUUAUUAUUACAAUCAGGCAGUGUUGACACAGCUCUGUAUGAUCAGACCUGUACCAUUGUGGUAAUUGAACAUCACCAGUGUUAUGUGUUGACAUGGACAGGACUCCCACCCAUCAAAUGACCAUCCCAACCUUUCAGACACUCACCAUGAUCUGAUGUCUGCUCGGUAUUUCUUCUUCUCUAGCUGCUCUUUGCCCAUUUUGCAGUAGUACCAAAAGUGAGAGUAAUGAGGGUGGACGUAGCUCUGUGUGGCCUGAUAAUGUCAAAGUGUUUAAGGGGCCAAAUGAGGAAGUAUCGGUGCUGACGUGUGAGGGCCCCUCUCUUCACGCCGGCUCUCUCUGUCCACUCCGAUCCCUGUCCUGCUGCCCAGCACAGUGACCGCGCUGCUGUCACAGCGUGCGGCCCAUGGCUGACCUACAUACACCCUCUGUCCCCAAACAGGCAGCCGUCUCGCUGCGUCAGCCGCCCGGUCAGACGCUCUGCUGAGACAGCUCAAAGCUGCACAAGGUCACACUUACUGUGUCCUAGCUCACAAACAAAGACCCAACAGGCAGCAUGCUGCAAAGCUCAUCAACACAAAGGUUGAACUGAGUUUACUGCCAAACUAUCACCCACAAAUGUAAAUGUCCAGCAGUUUUUGCAUUUCUUUUUAACUAUUUUCUAAAACAAGUGGUGGAAGAUGUACACAUUUCUUCAUACUUAAGUCAAAGUAGCGAUACUAAAUUGUAAAAAUACUCAGUUACAAGUAAAAGUCCUCCAUUUAAUAUCCUACAUUGGCAUAACAAUAUAGGUACCAAAAGUGAAAGUACUCAUUUAUUGGCUAAUUCCAGAAUCAUAUAUUCAAUUACUGGAUUAUGAUUAUUGAUGUGUUCAUCACAGCUGUUAAAGAUGGAGUUAUUUUUAAUUACUUAAACAAUUGCUGCUGGAUUUGUUAACUUUUGAUAAUAUGCAAAUGUUUAUUCAUUGUUCGAUUUAUUGUGUUAGCUAAAAAUCGGAAUUUGUAAAGUAACUAAAGUUCUCAGAUAAAUGUAUUUGAGUAAAAAGUCAUUGAUUAUGAAGUAUAAAGUAUAGCAUUAAGUGAGAAUCCUCAUAAAGCGCAAGUAUCGCAAAAUUGUAGUUAAGUACAGUACUUAAAUAAAUACACUUUACCACAUUCCACCACUGCACACGACACAGUUCAAAUUAAAGCUUUUCACAAGUUCCUACUUCACUGUCAAUGUAUGAUUGUGGUACUUCACAUGUUCUUGUCAGGUUCUGUUGAGUUGACUUGGUCCUUUAAUAAUAAAAAAAUGAAUGAUG